AUGGAUAUAUCCACUACAAUCAAUAAGAUCAAUAACAACAAUAUUUGUUCAUCAUUUAGAUUCUCAAAGGAUCAUAAAUCCAAUACGAUCAGAACCAAUGGUGAUACUCAAUUCAAUGUUUAUCCAAUGCCACAAAGUGUAAAGAGUGGAUCCGACAUACUCUAUCUAAGUAAUUCUUUUAAAUUUUCUACCGAUUCCAACUCUACUAUUCUUUUAGAUGCAAUCUCUCGGUACACUCAAUUUAUAUUCGAUGAGAAAUCGACCAACGUUUUAAAUGGACCUAUUAUAAAUUCCAUACAGAUCAAUGUUGAUUCCAACGAUGAAACCCUUGUAAUGGGUACCGAUGAGAGUUAUCAGCUGGAUGUCGAACAAUCUGGAAUCGUUAUACAUGCACCGACCGUUUUUGGUGCGCUACACGCUUUGGAAUCGUUUUCACAGUUGGUCACCUAUGAUCCAUAUCAAAUGAUUUUCAAAAUCCACCAAUGUCCAAUAUCGAUCGUAGAUAGACCGAGAUUCAUUCAUCGUGGAUUGCUCUUGGAUACCAGUAGACAUUUUAUCCCAGUCACCAAAAUCUUGGAGGUACUCGAUUCACUUUCAUAUGCCAAGUUCAACGUAUUCCAUUGGCAUAUUGUUGAUUCUCAGUCAUUCCCAAUGCAGAGUAAAGCAUAUCCAAAUCUUUGGAAAGGUGCAUGGUCUCCACAUGAAGUAUACACUCAGGAUGAUAUCUUGAAUGUUAUUCACUAUGCUAAGACAAGAGGUAUCAGAGUAAUUCCUGAAGUUGACAUGCCAGGUCAUGGAUAUGCUUGGUCCAUUGGAUAUCCAUCAUUACUACCUGCCAACUAUAAUUUAUCUCCAAAUUGUAGUCAAAAGUGUCCUGAUAUUUGUAAUGUUCCAUUGGAUAUUUCAUCACCAGAAGUAUACAAUAUUACCCAAGGAUUAAUUGAUGAAUUAACAAGUAAUUUAUUCACAGAUCAAUUAUUCCAUAUUGGUGGAGAUGAAGUUGUCUAUGAAUGUUGGGAGAAUUCAGAACAGUUUAGUAAAUGGAUGAGAGAUAACAAUUUCAAUAGUUAUGAACAAGCACUGCAAUACUUUGAACAAAUCAUUCAUGACAAGGUACUGAGUACAAAGAGAUACCCUGUUGUUUGGGAAGACACCUUUUUAAUGUUUGGCGAUCAACUGAAUAAAGAUGUUAUCGUUCAAAUAUACCAUCAGCUAACAACAUUACAAGAUGCUGUUAAAGCAGGUCACAGAGCAAUUGCUUCAAAUGCCUGGAAUUGGUAUUUAGAUAUUCUAUAUACUCCAUGGCAAAAGUUUUAUUUAAAUGAUAUAACUGUGAAUAUCACCGAUAGUGAAGAAAUCAAAAGAGUAUUGGGUGGUGAAGUAGCGCUAUGGAGUGAGAUGAUGGAUAGUAGCGAUAUCUUUUCCAAGAUAUGGCCAAAAGCAGCAGCCGCUGCCGAACGAUUAUGGAGUGAUGCUUCAGUUGAUGAUGUCGAUGAAGUAGUACCCAGAUUAGAACGUUUCAGAUGUCACAUGAUCUAUCGAGGCAUUGAAUCUGCGCCACUCAAUUCAACAUCACCAAAUGGUCCUGGUCCUUAUGAAUUUAAACAGUCUAAUCAUUUUGUUAAUGACGCAAAACAAUCUAAAUAUAUUAAGAUUAAUUCAAAUAUUUCAGAGAAACAACAAGACAGUCAACCAGUAACAGAUGAACAACAAUUUUUAUUGAGAUCUAUUGAAUCAUAUCCUACAAUAAACACUUUUUAUAAUAACCUUGCAUUAACUAUUUCAAAUGGUGAAUCGGUGACACUUCUUAAUGGACAAUCAAUGACACAACAACAACUAUACCUGAAAGCCAUUGAUUGCGAUCCAACCAAUUAUAUUUCAUACAAUAAUCUAGCUAAAUCUCUCAGGAGAAAAGAAUCGAUUACACUUCUUAAUGGACAAUCAAUGACACAACAACAACUUUACAUGAAAGCAAUUGAUUGUGAUCCAACCAAUUAUAUUUCAUAUUAUUACUUAGCACUUUUACUAAAGAAAGACUACACUGUGGAAUCGAACGGUGAAUCAAUCACUCUUAAUAAUGGCCAAUCAAUGACAAAACAUCAACUAUUUUUGAAAACAAUAGAAUGUGAUCCGAGUCAUUCAAAUGCUUUUUUUCAACUUGGAUGUAUACUACACACCUGUGUAUCCAAGGGUGAAUCAAUCACACUAAAUAAUGGACAAUCAAUGACAUUACAACAACUAUACUUGAAAGCAAUAGAGUGUGAUCCAACCAAUUAUUUAGCAUAUUAUAACCUUUCAUUUACUCUUCCACCACGUUCUAGCAAAUCUAUUAAACUUUAUAAUGGAAAGUCUAUGACUAGUUUCGAUCUAUUAUUGAAAGUAAUAGAUUUAAAUCCAAAUUAUUCCAAUGCAUAUUUACAAGUGGCAAAUAGACUUAGUAUAGUAGUAGAGAUACUUCUUAAAAAUGGUAGACUAAUAGAUUUAUUUGGUCUAUAUAAAAUGGCAAUAAUGUGUGAUCCAUCAAACUAUUGUGCAUAUGCGAAUUUGGCAAAUAUAAUGGAAAAUAAGGAAUCAAUUACUUUACAAACAAACGGUACAGAAGUGACUUUUACAAAGAAAGAUCUAUAUAUCAAAGCAAUUCAAAUUGACCCAAAUAGAUAUUAUGCAUAUUUUAGAUUAGCAUUAAAUAUGAAAUCAAAAGAAACAAUUACACUCAACAAUGGUACUUUAAUGACAAAACAACAAUUAUUAUUGGAUGCAAACAGAUUAGAUAAUACAAUAAAAUUAAUAUACAAGCAUAUUGGACUGACUCUGAAAGAGCAACAAACAAACUAUUACACUUUCAAAUGGUGA